AUGGCAUCCGGUGCGGAGGACCUGGCCGCCGUCCUCGAGGACACGCAGGCCUCCCUGGGCACCGCGCUGGCCCGCAUUGAGGCCCACCGCCUGCGCGAGGGCCUGCUGCUCGCCCAGGUGUCCCGCCUUAGGGCCCAGCUGAGGGCCCAGGGAGUGCAGCCCGAGGAGCCGGAUCCGUCGCCGAGAUUCGGCAGGAGCCGCUCGCCGUCGCCGACGCGGUCGCCGCGCGGGCGGGCGCUGGGCGACCGGGAGGUGGAGGACCACCUCGGCAGCGACGGCGGGCAGUACAUUGACGCGUACUUGGCCAACGGCGCGGAGGAACGGCCGGUGGUGCUGUACACUGAGGCAGGGGAGGUUGCGGCGAGCCUGAUAACCACGCCGGCGUGGAUUGGGAUCCUGGAGCACAAGGCACGCAUUGGCGCGGGGGAGAUCGUGGGCAUGAGCACGCUGGACAACAACCCCAAGCCUGGGCUGGGAAGCAAACCCAGUCCGAAUUCAUGGAUGAAUUAUUUCUUCGGUCAAAAGAAGGGAAGGCAGGAGUUCUCCCGACCGUCUGCUCCUGUUCAAAUUCCAAGACCAGCUCCUUCCAGCGCCGACGCUGAGCCCCACAGUGGAUAUGACAGCGCGCCUGAGGCCGAGGAUAGGCCCUCCAGAUUUCAGUGGUUCUUUGAGCGGCAUCCAGCCAAUACAAGAGUGAAGAAGACCAAGGGAGAUAGGGCCGACGCGCACAGCGACGGAGGCGACGACGAGCCGUGCAAUUCGACAGGAGUAUGCCAAGUGUUGUGGAAGGACGGAGGCGGCACUGGGCAACUGAAGCGUGCCGUGUUCGAAUCGUCUGUUGCAACGCAGGCACAUUUGCACCAGCACAUCGAGUCCUGGUCAGAUGCUGCUGCCAGGAAUGCUGCGCUCAGGAAUGUCCCCAAUUUGAAUGGCAGCGCCCAAAACGAAGACAGCCGGCCUGACGAGACCCGGCAUAAAGGGUCUCCAAGUGCCUCACCACCUGAAGAGCGCAAGCCCACAGGGGAAGAAGGGGAGCUGGUGCUGCCAAUGCACUUGAUGCCCACAGGGAGCCUGCCGUCCCUGAACCAGCCUUCAGUCCUGCUACUUGAGCAGCACUUGACAGGAAUCAUGGCAGCUGUUCCCAAGAGGAUGCAGCAGGCCAACUGGGAGCUGUUAUACAGCACCACGAAACAUGGAUUCAGCUUGCAAUCGUUGUAUCGGAAAUCAGCUGGUGCCGCCCCCACUGUCUUGGUCAUAAAGGAUCAGGCUGAGCAUGUGUUUGGAGCGUACUGCUCAGAAGCUUGGAAGAUUGCACCCAGGUUCUAUGGCACAGGGGAGUCCUUCGUGUUCCAACUGGAGCCCCACAGGGUGUACUAUCCCUGGAAGCGCAAGCACAGUGUUCGGAACGACUUCUUCAUGUUCGGAUCUCAAGACUCAAUUGGUGUGGGAGGCACUGGACACUUUGCUAUCUGGGUGGAUGGCGAACUGCUGUAUGGGCAUUCUGGGGUGUGUGACACCUUUGGCAGCCCCUGCCUUGCCAGCAAGGAUGAGUUCAAGGUCAUAGCGCUGGAGCUGUGGGGACUUGCAUAA